AUGCCCCGAAAGAUUAAUGGCGUAGGGAUCCAGGUCGAGGAUACCCAAGUCUGUGUGGUCAUGGUUGGGCUGCCGGCCCGUGGAAAGAGCUAUAUCGCGCAGAGAGCCCAGCGGUACCUUCGAUGGCUCGACAUUCCUGCCGAGACUUUCAAUGUCGGCAAUUAUCGGCGUAACAGUGCCCCCCAACCUACAGCCGAUUUCUUUGACACAAACAAUCCCGAGGGCGAGCGCAAACGACGAGCCGCCGCCGAGGCUGCGGUGGCCGACAUGCUGAAGUGGUUUGCGAAUGGAGGAAUCGUCGGCAUCUUGGAUGCCACCAACAGCACCAAGGAGCGUCGCAAGUGGGUCAUGGAUGAGGUCGCAAAGGCCGGGGUCGAUGUCAUCUUCGUCGAGUCGAAAUGCGACAACGAGGAACUAAUCCUUGCCAACAUCCGCGAUGUUAAGACCACCAGCCCGGACUACAAGGGCAAGGAUCCAGAGGCCGCGGCGCUCGACUUCCGCAACCGGAUCCGCAACUACGAGAAGGCCUACAAGAGCAUCAACGAGGAUGGCGAUGAGGACGACUUGACAUAUUUGAAGAUCAUGGACGUUGGCAAGCAGGUUAUCAUCAACCGCAUUCAGGAUUAUCUCCAGAGCCGCAUUGUCUAUUACCUCAUGAACCUGCGAAUUCGCCCGCGGACCGUCUGGCUGUCUCGCCAUGGCGAAUCGAUGCUGAACUUGGAGGGCCGCAUUGGCGGCGACGCCGUUCUCUCCCACCGCGGUGAGGAGUACGCGCGUAAAUUGCCGGAGCUCGUUCGCGCGUCAGUUGGUGAUGACCGCCCCCUUACGGUCUGGACCUCCACUCUGAAGCGGACAAUCUCGACAGCGCGGUUCCUCCCAAAGCACUACAACCAACUUCAGUGGAAAGCGCUGGACGAACUUGACGCGGGCGUGUGCGACGGCCUCACCUACCAGGAGAUUAAGGAUCGCUUCCCCGAAGACUUUGCGGCACGCGACGCGGACAAGUACAACUACCGCUACCGCGGCGGCGAGUCGUACCGCGACGUGGUCAUCCGGCUCGAGCCCAUCAUCAUGGAGCUCGAGCGCAGCGAGGACAUACUCAUCAUCAGCCACCAGGCCGUCAUCCGGUGCAUCUACGCCUACUUUAUGCAGAAGAACCAGGAGGACAGCCCCUGGCUGCCCGUGCCGCUGCACACCCUCAUCAAGCUUACCACCCGCGCCUACGGCACCGACCAGGAGAAGACCGCGGCGAAUAUCAAGGCCGUGAGCACCUGGAGGGGCAAGGGGAGCACGGCGAGGCACGAGGAUCCGGUUCCGGAGGGCGGCAUCUGA